AUGUCGGGCACUGUGUCCAUUCUCCAACAAUUUGCCAAUGGCUUGAAGAGUCGCAGUGAAGAGACGAGGGCGAAAGCUGCCAAGGACUUGCAACAUUAUGUCACCAUGGAGCUCCGCGAAAUGAGUCAGGAAGAAUCUACCAGGUUUUAUGAUCAGCUGAACCAUCACAUAUUUGAGCUGGUCUCUAGCUCUGAUGCAAAUGAAAGGAAGGGUGGCAUUCUGGCUAUAGUGCUGUUGAAAGGUGCCGGCUUGACAACCCUGGACACUGAUGGCCUCUUUAUCUACAGAGCAGCAAGCCUUAUUGGUGUUGAAGGAGGUAACGCCACCCGUAUCGGCAGGUUUGCCAACUACCUGAGGAACCUCUUGCCAUCCAAUGACCCUGUUGUAAUGGAGAUGGCCUCCAAGGCUAUCGGGCGGCUUGCAAUGGCUGGUGACACCUUCACAGCUGAGUAUGUGGAGUUUGAGGUGAAACGAGCUCUGGAAUGGCUGGGAGCUGACAGGAAUGAAGGUCGAAGACAUGCAGCUGUUCUUGUCCUGCGUGAGCUGGCAAUCAGCGUGCCUACCUUCUUCUUCCAACAAGUGCAGCCAUUCUUUGACAAUAUAUUUGUGGCUGUGUGGGAUCCCAAACAGGCCAUCCGAGAGGGAGCUGUUUCUGCCUUAAGAGCCUGCCUUAUCCUCACCACUCAACGGGAGCCAAAAGAGAUGCAGAAGCCCCAGUGGUACAGACAUACAUAUGAAGAGGCUGAGAAGGGCUUUGAUGAGACUUUGGCCAAAGAGAAAGGAAUGAACCGUGAUGACCGAAUCCAUGGUGCCUUACUGAUCCUCAAUGAGCUAGUGAGAAUCAGCAGUAUGGAGGGAGAGCGCCUUAGAGAGGAGAUGGAAGAGAUCACUCAGCAGCAGCUUGUGCAUGACAAGUACUGCAAAGACCUGAUGGGCUUCAGUACCAAACCUCGCCACAUCACUCCCUUCACUAGCUUCCAGUCUCUUCAGCCCUCUCAGUCAAAUGCUUUGGCUGGUCUUCUGGGGUACAGUGCCCACCAAGGAAUCAUGGGUUUUGCAACCUCACCUGUCCCAGCAAAGUCUACAUUGGUAGAAAGUCGAUGCUGCAGGGAUCUAAUGGAAGAGAAGUUUGAUCAAAGCAAGUGA